UGCUUUCACUUUCCCUCUGACUCACCUCCAUUUCCUGGAGUCGGAGGAGAAGCAGCCUCACCUCCCAGUGCUGCAGAGUCCUGCUCAGCUGUGAUGGCAGCCCUGACAUCCGCAGCGUCGGUGGUGGAGAUGGAGGAGCCCAUGUGCCUCGUCGAGAACCACACAGGGCAGGGGCUGGUGGUGCGGCAGGACGCCCUGCAGGUGUUGGCCAACAUCACGCAGCCCGUGGUGGUGGUGGCCAUCGCCGGGCUGUACCGCAGCGGCAAAUCCUACCUGAUGAACCGGCUGGCCGGGAGGAGGACGGGUUUCUCCCUGGGCUCCAGCGUGCAGGCUCACACCAAAGGAAUCUGGAUGUGGUGCGUGCCUCACCCCCUCCAGCCCGGACACACGCUGCUGCUGCUGGACACCGAAGGGCUGGGAGACGUGGAGAAGGGAGACACCAAGAACGACACGUGGAUAUUCGUGCUGGCCGUGCUGCUCUCCAGCACCCUGAUCUACAACAGCAAGGGCACCAUCGACCAGCAGGCCCUGGAGAACCUGCACUACGUGCUGACGCUGGCAGAGUGCGUGAAGCUGACUAAGAGCCCCGAGGAGAGCGGAGCCCAGGCACCUGCUGCUGCUGGGUUGGCCCCAUUCCUCCCAACCUUUGUGUGGGCAGUGCGGGAUUUCAUGCUGUGGUUGGAGGCGAAUGGGCAGGAGAUCUCCGAGGAUGAAUACUUGGAGAAUGCGCUGAAGCUGAGGGGCGGCGGCAGCCCGGAGGCCGAACGCUACGACCGCCUGCGGGAAUGCAUCCGACAGUUCUUCCCCGAGAGAAAGUGCUUCCUUUUCGACCAGCCCGCCAGCAAGAGGGAUCUGCAACACCUGGAGGAGCUCCCUGACGAUAGGAUGGACCCCGAGUUCUUGCAGCAGCUGGAGAAGUUCUGCAGCUACAUCUGGGAGAGCUCUCCACCAAAGACCAUCCCCAGCGGCUGCAAAGUAACGGGGGAGAUGCUGGGCACUCUGGCGCAGACCUACGUGGAUGCCAUCCAGAGCGGGGCCGUGCCGUGCCUGGAGAGCGCGGUGGCGGCCCUGGCAGAGCUGCGCAACUCGGCGGCAGUGCGGGAAGCUGCGGUUCUGUACCGGGAGCUGCUGGAGCAGCGGGCAGAGCUGCCCACGGAGACGGCGGAGGAGCUGCUGGAGCUGCACGAGCAGUGCCAGAAGGAGACGCUGCAGCUCUUUGCAGAACGGACGAUCACGGACGACGUCGAGCGCUUCCGAGAGGAGCUUCUGCGGCAGGUGGAGGCAGCCAAGCUGGAGUUCUGCAGCCGCAACGAGGAGGCGUCCCGUGAGAAGUGCGCGGCUGCACUGCAGGAGCUCUACAGAGAGAUGGAGCAGCGCAUCGAUGGCGGUGUCUACUUCGUGCCGGGGGGUCACCAGCUGUUCCUUGGGGACCAACAGGCGCUGGUGGAGCGGUACCGGGCGCUGCCGGGCAAAGGGGUGAAGGCAGAUGCUGUCCUGCAGGAAUUCCUUCGGGACAAGGAGCCUUUGGCCAGGAGCAUCUGCGGCACAGACCGUGCCCUGAUGGAGAAGGAUGAGCAGAUCAAAGAUCUGCAAGCCCAGAACGAGAAGGCUGAGCAGGAGAGGGAGGCUGAGAGGGAGAGGGAGGCGGAAAGAUGGCAGCAGAUGGAGGAUCGGAUUCAUGGGUAUGAGAAGGCAGAGAAGGAGUGGAAGGCUGAGAGGGAGAGGGCGGCAGAAAAACUGCAGAAGAUGGAGAACCGGGCUCGCCGCUGUGAAGAGGAAGCGCUUCGGCUGAGAAGGAGACUGUGGCCGGAUGAGGGCAAGCAGCAAUCUCAUUCCGAGGGUGGGCACUGCGGAGGUGGUUUCCAGCAGCAGGACACCAGGAGAAACUGGGCUGCUGAUAUACUGCCAGUGCUGAGUACUGCACUAGUAGUGGCAUUUUUCGCAGUCAGACUUGUGCUUUUACGUUUGUGAUGCUUCAGUCAGAACAUUGGCAGUACCCGUGGUUGCAUCACUGCCAGGAAGUGUUUUUGUGCUCUCGUAAUUGGGAAGCGAUGGGAUCUUCUGGUGGGAUGUAACUACUGGUGAAUGUGUCAAAUUUCUGACCAUCUACUCAAGGAAUUGCUGUUCAUCUGCUUAGGGAAUCGCACUCCUUGCUUUGCUCAGGCACAGGAGUCAACAGUAGCUUUGGAAAGAGUGACCUUCAUGUUUCUGUACUCUUUGCAUUUCUUUGGAGUCGUGCUUUGCUUCUGAAAAUGCUAGUUUAAGAAGAAAAUAAAAAAGAUGCCUAAUAUGAACCGGUGUCUAA